ACAGACUUAUCUUUGGCAAAUAGUUGUAAUUGUUGCCCAGACUAUCUGGGCCAUCUAGAAGUGAAUGCGUGGUUCAUUGGCAUGGCGGCGUGCGAAAAAACCGGCUGAUUUGUUGAUGUUUUGCAUAUGUAGGCGUUGAUACUCGUAGUUGAAAUGGGCAGUAUGAUUAAAAUAUCUGCUCUCAACGAGGAGUCGAGCGAGGAAAGCGAGGAGGAGGAUUUACCCACGAUUACGAAGGAAGCGCAGGAACAAAUAGCAUUGACAGAAUAUAAUAAAGCCUUAGAAUUGCUGAAAGAAGAUAAGAGAGAGGAGGCACUAGUUAUUUUUAAGGAUCUUUUGGAGACUGAAUUAUUGGAUGAGGUAGAGAAGCCGGAAGUACCAGAUGGCAGAUCAAGGCCAAUGUUGUCCUUGAAAUAUUCCUGCUUUAAGAACAUUGGUGCUAUUCAAGCAGCUGGUGAGAAUUAUGUAGAAGCUGUGGAGAACUACUGGGAGGCUGCAAACUUGGAUGAUUCUGACGUGACGCUGUGGUACAGGAUUGGCACAUUAGCCAUGAAAAUUUCUAAUUUAGAAUUAGCUUGCUCGUCUUUCAAGCAAGGUCUAAAGUGUAAUUCAAGUCACUGGCCAUGCCUGGACAAUUUAAUAACUGCCUUAUAUGCUGUUCCUGAUUACAUGAACUGUCUAUUAUAUAUUUCUACAGCGUUGGAGAGAGAUCCUAAUUACGUAAAGGGUCUAGCUUUCCGUGACAAAAUAUUUAAGGACAUUCCAUGUAUGGAGGAAUGUUACAAAUUAUAUAAUAGUGAUUGGCAAUUAGAUCCACCUUUAUACAUUGAAUAUGAUCAUAUAUUGGGUGAUAAAUUAUUAGCUGAGGCAAAGGAGGUUUCUGAAAAGUGGGCAGAAUUUUGUAAAGCUGAGUUCACACCAAAACCAUUACCAGAAUUGACUUUAAGAAUGCCUCUAAUAAGCUAUACGUGGCUAGCUCUUGGGGAAAGCUUGUUAGACAUGCAUAGGUAUAUCACUGAAAACAAUUUAAACUUUGUUAGCCGAAUUACAUUAUUGGUUCAAAAACCUGAUGAGAAGAAUGCAGUAACAAGUAAUGAGUGUGAAGUCGAAGAAAAUAAUGUAAUGGAGGUAGAUCAGGAGAAUUUCAAUGAUCCAGUUCCAAACCGAGAUAAUGACAUUGACAAAUCUGUUAAGAUAGAAACGGAAGAUUGUACUUACGAAAUGUCCGAUGACAAUCAAGCCUUCAAUACAACUUCAGAUACUGCGAUGGAAGUUGAAACCGAAGACGACAAAAAAUCCUGUUCAACCGAUGUGCAAAUAAUCGAAGAUGAGGAUCCGUUGAGAAUGUCUGACACGGACGGUUUGCAAUUUGAGGAACAGAGUCAAACAAAAAACAUAGAUUCGGAAGAACAGAUGCAAUACGAAGUAGACGCUAAUGCCGACAAGUUAGAAAGCGACAAAGUUACAGAUGACGUUUACAGUACGGAUAACGGAGUGCCUAACGAAAAAUCCAGCGACAAAGAAAGCGACAAAUCGAGUGAUAAAGCUUCUGAGAAAGGUACCGAGAAAACAAACGACGCGGCGAAUAAAGCGGACGAAAAAGCUCAUUCUGAAAAGAUUGAUGGAAAGGAAGAGGGGCAAAAAGUAAAGAAAAGGCGGAGAAGCGCAUUAUGCUUCUUGCAACAGUGGGCUUGGAGCUGUAGCAGCAUGAGACGAUCCGCGAGAGUCAGAGGUUCAAACAGGAGGGAAGCAGAGAGAGAUGACGUUCAGUUGGAAGAAACACUUAGAAGGCUGUUUCCUAAUACUUUAUUGCCAGAUACAGUAAGGUUGACUAAAGAUGAUGUUACAAAAAAUGUUGAUGAUUCUAUGGACACUAUGGAUAUGUACCAGUUAUUCGCAAAUCAAGAGAAUAAUGGUAACCAUGUGGAAGCUCUCAAAAGCUCGGAGAGCUCUAAAUCACCGAGCCCUGACAUGAGCAGUCAACAGCAGAAGUACUUCGAGACAGAAACAGAAAUUGGUGAUGUAGACGCAUUUAUAAAUCAGCACAGCAACAAGAGUAAUUUAAUGAUAAUUAUCGCCAAGUACGCGGAGUUUCUGUGCACCAAAUGGAACCAGGAAUGGCCAAAAGGAAUGUCAGAAAUUUACCUGCAGGCAUAUGCUUUCAUGAGACAACAUAUUCCACACUUGUCACCGUUCGAUGAAAAUGUCGACGACAAAAUACUAAAGUUGGAUACCGAAAUGACAUUGUUGUUUGGUGAGCUUCAUACAGACAGAUGGUUAGAUAACAAACCAGAUACUCUGUCAGGCUCAACAUUGGAUAAACUUGGUACUGGGCUGCCAGCAGAGGAAUUAGGACAUAUAAUAUUUACAAGUGUUAAACAGGAUCUCUUAAGUGAUGAAAAUUUAUAUAUUUUACUGAGGAUUUUGUGGCUCAAAGCUAAUAUCUUCUUAUGCCAAGGUGAUGUGGAUGUUGUCAUAGAAACAUUAGAAUUGUUGUUAAGUCGUCUGCAAGCAAUUGAAAGUAAAAAACCAAAUGCUUGUAUCACUCUUUCAAACUGUAAAAAUAACUCUCAAAUUAGUGUGAAACUUGUGAAGAAGAAACUUACGUCGAUUCAAAGGAGUCAAAAGUUGGGCGAGAUCCAGCGUCUAUACGACGAGAAGAAAUAUGCAGAACUCUCUUAUAUACUGCAGGACACUUUUAAAUUUGCUAAACAGAGACACAAAUUGUUGAUAACGAAUGAAAACAUUGUCGAUAGAGUUCGACAACUAACUAUGUUACUCGAUAGUUUGUGGCAGCUUCAACAUUACGAGGAAUGCUACGUUUGGGCGGAAGCUUGUCUCAAUGAGUCGUGGCAGAACUAUUUAAACUCUUCCGACGAUGCUGAACAGAAGAAGUGGACGAGUUCUGUUCUGACGGCGCUCGAAAAAUUAGAAGCCUGUACAAUCGAAGUUAGUGUUUUUACCGUAAAAUAUCUGCCGGAGCCUCGUUUGUCGAGGUUGGUUCAAAAUCUAGUCCAUAUCGUUUGUCAUCAAUUAGAUGUACCGGAGAAUGCCGUAGAGAUGCCACUCGAAACGGUGUUACCUUGGAUUCUAUUACAUUACAUUUUGCAAUACGAAGAAGAUAAGGAGAGAGCAAAGGCUGAAUCCCCUUAUAAGAAUAAGAUGCACGGUUCUCAUCAUUCCGAGUCGGAUGACGAGGACGAGGGCAUCCCACCGUCCAUAAUGAUUCUGUUCACUGCCCAUGAAUUUAUCGGUAGACACUCGUGGUGUUGCUUCAACGAGGCGAAAUUACUCUUCUUUACCAUGAAUCUCGUUAUACCGCAACUCGAGACCCCGCAGUACGCCUCCAUCAAGAACAGACUCACCAAGUAUCUCGAACAGAUAUUCUUCUGUCUGUAUGGCCAUCCCAAUAGGGUGAAUAAGACACGACCCAAGUAUCUUCAGGAUCACGUGGUGCCACAGAUGGAAUUAACCUGGGAUGGGGCACAAUUGUUGUUUGAUUUUUACAAGCCAAAACAGCUGCCCAACUUCCAGUCCGCUAAAAUUCUCUCUAUCAGCAUGGAUACGGAGAUACUGUUCAAGAGAAUAAUCAGGCUAGUUCCGCAGGAAAGCGACCCAAAUCAAAUAGUAGAAGACAUGACGGCCUACAUAAUCGGCGCCAAGGAGAAGAUGCCGAGCGUGAUGAAAUCGUUGCCGCACGCGAUAUCUACCAUUUACUACUUGUUGGGCGACUUCUACUUCAAGAACAACAAGUGGGAACAUGCCUGCCGUUACUAUCUUCUGGAUCUCUGUUUGUACCCAAGGGGCUUAAAUUCGUGGGCAGGUUUGGCUAUGGCGACAGGCAGCAUAAUCGAGAAUUGGCUGAAUAAUUACAGACCCAUAGGGAAGGACAAAUUUCUCAAUAAAGCGAAAAUGGCACAGUCGAGUUAUCAGCAUGCUAUCGAGCUGGCGCCCGGCCAUUCUGUGAUCUGGACGGAAUAUGGCAACUUCGUUUACAUGGUUCACUCGUUCUGCUCGCGGCUGCUCAAACAGGAGACCGACACGUUGAGUAUGGAGAGGUUUGAAAUUUUAGAGACCAGAAAAGAGGAGAUGCUGGAGAUCGCGGAUCAGUGUUUUGAGUCCGCCAAUCGAAUAUGUCAGACUAUCGAGGAGCCGUCUAUGCAUCACGACGAGAGAUGGCUUUAUCAGUACAUGCUUGGUAAAGUCGCGGAGAAGAAGAACGAGGAUCCUCCCAUAUUUUUGGAACAUUACGCAAAGGCUAGUGAGUUAUUACACGAGAAUAAUGCCCAAUAUCCACGUAGAAUAAGUCAUAAGAGUCCACAGAAUCUAGCUAUAGAAGCGCUAGAAGUUCAUUAUCGCAUCCACGCGAGUAUACUAAAGUAUUUAGAGCAGCACGAGGGAAAGCCGCUGAAGAAAUCGUUGGGUCGGCUGUUUCAUUGGCAUCUCAAGAAUUGCUCCGAAGGUUCCUUCAUGAAGUAUCAGUCUAAACUCAACGAGAAGAAAAAGGACGAGUGCUCCGAUGCCGAGAAAACUACUUCGAAGGAAUCUGACGGCGCGAUAGAUAUUGAUAGAAACGUGGCAGCGAUAUGCCAACGCUCAAGUAGCAUUGAGGAAAUAGAAAUCAUAGAUAGAUCAAAUAAAAUCUCCGAUGUUAAGUAUAUAGAGUCAGGGAAACCUGAAGGUCGUAAAAGGUAUCCCGACGAACAGUCGCACGACAAUACGAAGAGGGUAAAAUUAGGUAGCAUCUCGCACUUGCAACUCAUGCAAGAUGUAGUAGCAUUGAUAGAUGAUUUAAUUACAAAAGUUUGCGACAUGGCGUCGCAAAAGGAGAAAACGAAUGACGACGUGAUGAUCUUGUCUAGUGACGAAAGUAAUGAGUCGAAAUUGCAGAGGAAGAAGCUGGAGAAUAAAAACAUGGAUAAAACGAAAUUGCAGGCAAAGGCGGAGGAGAACAAAAAAAGUUCACCGAAUAUACCGACGGUUGAAUCCGGCGAUCGGAAAGCCGAGAAUGUACAGGACAUUAUGGAUGCUCUUAUGAAGCAGGCGAUGGAAGUCAGUCAAGAAACUCAACAGUCUUCGUUAGACGACGAGGACACCAGAAAGUUCGACGGCAAGUGGCUGCAGAACGAAGACUUGCAACCGAAUGAGAAAGAUGGUAGAGACAAGGGAGAUAAGAGAAAAGCGCAAGCCGGCACAAACGAGGAGAUCACUCUAAGCAGAAGAGGCUCUCAGGAAAGCACCACGACUACACAAACCACAACCACGACUACAGAGACGAAUAAUUCCAGUUCCAGUAGCAGCGAGGAAUCCAGCAGUAGCGACGACAGCUCCGACAGUGACAGUUCCAGCGACAGUGACAGCGAGUCUGCUGACAGCGACGUGGAAAAAAAGAAAAAGGAUUUAAACGUUAGAGAAAACGAGGAACAAAUGCCGGAAGAAGAAGUAACAACUUUAAUCGCGUAUUGUCUGGCUGGUUUGGAGCAGUGUAUAUUAAGAUUCACAGAGCAUCACAAGUCUUUCUAUAGACUGGCGCACUUUUUCUUUAAUAACAGAAAGUCAAAGAAUAUCGCGAAAUGCAAGGAUCUUUUAUUGGGAACAUACUCCUGUCAGUUCUAUCCCGGACAAACUUUCCAAGGACUUUUCGCUGAUAGGAGAAGUACCAAUUUCUUCAAUGGAGUAUGGCAUAUACCAAUUAACGAGAUCGACCGGCCUGGAAGUUUUGCCUCACACAUGUCCAAAUGCGUGACAUUGCUUAUGCAAGUACUAAAGGAAACCAACGACAGUCGAAUGUUGAUGCAGUUGUGUAUACAGCUCGGGAAAAUACCGGACUCGGACAAGAAAUACUUACGUGACUCCGAAAGAGAGCAACUAUCGCGUCAAGCUUUGACGCUCUGCCAGCAAUCGCUUAGAAGUAGAGUUCAGGCAAUGGGCUCGACAAGCACUAUUGAUAGUGUUCACCUUAUUAGAACUGAUGCUAGAACACAAGUGUUGCUUGACGUGUACGAAACAUAUCAGCUGGUGCAGAAAAAUUUUCAGGGUAAAGAGUCAACUAUACAGGCAUUCGCAACGUUAUUAACGGACACAUACAAAAUGUACAUAGGAAACAAAAACUUGGAAGGUAAUACCUUGGAGAUCGCCAUCAAAUGUUGCCAGCGUCAGAUACAAGCGAACAAAAUUGCGUCGAUUAACAAUAGCAGCACCAUUCAUGUACAGCCUCAAGCUGUUACCACAGUCUCGGCGCCGCCACCACAAGUGCAAACCAAUUCCACGUCACCGCAAUCUUCGCAAAAUUCUCGCAAACCGCACCGAAACUUGGCGAACAUCAGUCGGCCCAGAGGACGGCCACCUAACGUCAACAAGUAUUUGCAGCCUAUACAACAGGGUAGCAACGUGAUGAGUCAAUUCGGUUCCAAAAGCAACUACGCGAGUUACUUAGGCGCGUCCGGGCCGAAUCGUUCCAUGAUAAAUCCUUACUACAUGAGUCCGCUGGUCGACCCGACCGUAAUAUCGGCCUUGUUGGCCAGCAAUAUAAUGGACCCUUUGUCAGCGAUGAGCUAUUUAAACCAAGUGGGAAGUUACCAAGACAUCCUCAGACAAUACCAGAACAAUUUAUCAUCGCUGACUAAUCUUGCCGGUGGCUUGAGUAAUCCCUGUACCACUAUGACCGGCAUCAGCAAUGCCUCCACGAUGAGUACGAGCAGCUCCAGUAUUAAUACUUCCAGUAUUACUACUAACAUCAGCAAUCUAAGCAAUCUGAAUAACAUGACGGUGCAGCAGUUACUGAGCUUGAGUAAUUCCACGACACCUAUCUCGCGACCGGCACCCAUGUACCAUCAAACAACGGCCAAGACCAGCACGACCACGUCGAUGACGAAGGACAGGCCCAGCAUAUCCAUCACGCCUGUAAGCACGUCGCUCAGCCAGCAGACACACAAGACUAAGUCCAGCAGCAAGCAACCGAGCGUACAGAGCGACCCUUUACCCGUUCACAUACCUAAGUCAUUGCAGAUAUCGCCAACGAAGCCGGUGUUACACUCGCCCAACACGGCGCAGGUGUCGCUGCUCAAACCAUCCGUCAUUCAGCAGGUGAAGACCAGCCCGCCGAAGCAAGUGAGCGCUCCGCAGAUUCGUGUCUCCAAGUCGCUCAUCGAACCGCAACCCGCACACAAUCCCUCGUUGUCGCACUCACCUCUGAAGAGCACUGGCGGUGGCGGCGGCGGUGUGACGAAUCCGGCAGCAGUGCCGCAAGUCGCUCACACUUCCGGCGCCAUGGGCGCGCCCGUGGUCAUGAAGAGCCAAAAUCUACCUAUAAAUUUGCCCGCGUCACGUAGCGGCACGUCGUUGCAACACAAACUACUGUCGAAGAAGAACUCCCAGCGACAGUAUCCGCAAACGAACGUGCAUAAUCUAAUGAGGAAAACGAAAGCGGCCAGCAAAGCGAUGCCUGUGCUGUCUGCUAAUUUUCCAAAUCUAUUGAACGCGAUGCCGCCGGCGAGUUCUGCGAUGUCGCAACCGCCUUUUAUACCACCGGAAUUAAGCGGCAUCUCCGUUAGUACCGUGACGCAACCACCUGCUAUAAAGGCCGCCAAGUAUCAUAGUUACAAAAAGUCGAAUGUCAAGUCGAAAGUGACGGCGGCAACAACGUCAGCGACAGCGCCAACGGCAACAGUAGAUGUGCCGAGCUCAUUGCCGACUUCCUUCUCUCAGGGAGGCUCGGUCGAGGCGUUCUCGAUGUUGUCGCAGUUACAACAGCACUCGCACUUAGAGAUAAUACCGCAACAAAAGGCACCUUUGAAGUCGGGCAUAGAUUACUCGAAGAGUCUCUCAUCUGCGGUGUCCGUGGUGCCGCAGAAGGUCCUGUCAGACACAUUGAGGUCCUCAACAGCUGCCGAGUGUAUGCCCAUGUACGAUAUCCCGAGGGGAAAACCGCCUACCAACAUUUCAGCUAAAAAGACGGACAAACUCGCCAACGAUAGUGUCGAAAUUAUAACGUUGGACGAUUAAUUGAUCGAUUCGCGUUCUAACGUGGGUGUGGCAACCGCAAAUUAUGCCACGCUCGUGUAACAUUUUCAACGCUCCUUUCGUAUGAAGACGUAUACACUUUUUUUGAA